AUGUCCGUUGCAAGGUCCCGCCUCCGCCUCUCCAGCCUCCUCGGCCAUUUUCAACAACCUCUUGACGCCAAUAAUGGACCUACUGCUCCUCUGGCGGACUGUUAUGAACACAAUGUGAAUUUUCAUACUCUAUCGCCGACCUUCUUUCUCCCACGAGCUGCAGCCAUAGAACCAGAUGCCGAGGCUGUUUACCAUAUCACUACGAAUAAUCGAGUUUUGCGAAGAACUUACCUAGAAACCGCGGACCGGGCUCGUGGACUGGCCUACUAUCUUAAAAAAUACGGCUUUAAGAAAGUUGGCAUCCUUUGCCCCAAUACCCCCGCCUUUUUGGAAUCCAUUUUUGGAAUUGCAGCUGCAGGGGCUGUCAAUGUUGCUGUAAAUUACCGUCUCAAGGAAGACGAUGUUUCGUACAUUUUCACCCACUCCGAUGUUGAAAUCAUUAUCGUCGACCAGGAGUAUCUACCGCUGCUCAACGCGUGCAGAAAAGCGAAACCAAACAUCCCUAUCAUUCUAGAUACAGAUACCGAUGCAACAGAGGGGCCGCUGGCUGGUCCCUUUGAUGACGCCGUUGUCGAGGGCUUGAAUUAUGAUCGCGACACAGGCGCAAAGGGCUGGAGCGGACUGGAAGGCCAAGCAGCGUCGGAAGAUGACAUAGUUGCUCUUGCCUAUACCAGUGGGACUACAGCCCGUCCGAAAGGGGUCGAAUAUACCCACCGUGGCUGUUAUUUAGCUGCUAUGGCCAACAUCAUUGAAUCUGGCUUGAAUUACCAAGGGCGUCGCUGCGGUUACUUGUGGAUUCUGCCCAUGUUCCACGCGAUGGGAUGGACAUUCCCGUGGGCAGUUACUGCGGUUCGUGGGACUCAUUAUUGUUUGCGGAAAGUAGACUAUCCGCAGAUCUGGAAACUCCUGAAGGAGGAAAAUAUCACCCAUUUCAAUGCGGCACCAACUGUUAAUACACUUCUCUGCAGCUCUCCCGAGGCUGAGAAACUAUCAGAGCCCGUACAUGUUACUGUCGCAGCAAGCCCGCCUACCCCUCACUUGUUCGAACAAAUGACGGGCCUGAACUUACAUCCAGUGCAUGUGUAUGGGAUGACGGAGACGUACGGACCCAUCACGAAGGGCUACCAUAUGCCGGCGUGGGAAACGCUACCUCACAAGGAAAAGUUCCAGAGGAUGGCCCGCCAGGGCCAUGGCUUUGUGACCAGUCUUCCGGUCCGGGUGAUCAAGACUGAUGUCCCCGAGGCGACUAUUAUUGAUGUCAAGCGCGACGGGAAGGAGAUUGGCGAAAUUGUCUUUAUUGGAAAUAUUUGUUCUCGGGGUUACUACAAGGACCCCGAAGCGACACGGAAGCUGUUUGCUGGCGGCGUGCUUCAUUCGGGGGAUUUGGCUGUUUGGCAUCCCGACGGAGCGGUUCAGAUCCUUGAUCGAUCCAAGGAUAUCAUUAUUAGCGGAGGGGAGAAUAUCUCGUCCGUCGCCCUCGAGUCUCUGCUGGUCACGCAUCCUGAUAUUCUAGAGGCCGGCGUGGUGGCGGUUCAGGACGGUCAUUGGGGAGAGCGACCGAAAGCAUUCGUCACCGUCAAACCCGGACGACAAUUGGAGGGGAAGGAUGUUAUCGAUUGGGCUAGGAACUCUAGUGAAAUCAGCAAAUUCAUGGUUCCGCGAGAAGUGGAGGUUGUGGCGGAACUGCCUAAAACUAGUACAGGCAAGGUAAGGAAGAAUAUCCUUCGAGAAUGGGCCAAGGGUACGCCGUAG